AUGAUGCGGCUUCACCAAGUCUAUCAUCGCCUCACUCUCCUUUCUUUCUCCCCAUUAUCUCCUCCACCACCUCUCUUUACGCCAUCUCUAAGCCGAUUCACGUCCGUUCGUACUCCUGCCCACCUGAGAACUCAUCACUCUAAAAGGUUCAAGUCAAUUUCUACUAUGACAUCUAGGCUCGCUAAUCUUGUGCCUCUGAACUCGAUUGCAACCGAAAAUGUUGGCGGUCGCACCAAUGGCUCUAUUUCUUCCACAUACACUGAAGAUGAAGAAGCAUUGGCAGGGAAUUAUAGGCUUCCUCCACCGGAGAUAAAAGAUAUUGUUGAUGCUCCGCCUCUCCCUGCUUUAUCAUUUUCACCACAUAGGGAUAAAAUACUAUUUCUCAAGCGGAGAUCCUUACCUCCACUGGCAGAACUAGCAAGGCCAGAGGAGAAGCUGGCUGGUAUGCGUAUUGAUGGGAAAUGCAACACUAGGAGCCGGAUGUCAUUCUACACCGGUAUUGGCAUUCAUCAGUUAAUGCCUGAUGGUACAUUGGGGCCUGAAAAAGAGGUACAUGGAUAUCCAGAUGGUGCUAAGAUAAAUUUUGUUACCUGGUCUCUUGAUGGAAGGCAUUUGGCCUUCAGCAUCCGAAUGGAUGAGGAGGACAAUAGCAGCAGUAAACUUAGAGUAUGGGUUGCAAAUGUUGAAACAGGGCAAGCUCAACCUUUGUUUCAGCCACCAGAUGUUUACCUAAAUGCUGUUUUUGAUAAUUUUGUAUGGGUGGAUAACUCUUCUCUAUUGGUUUGUACCAUUCCAUCAUCUCGUGGACAUCCACCGAAGAAACCAUUGGUGCCUUCUGGUCCAAAGAUUCAAUCUAAUGAGCAGAAAAAUGUCGUUCAAGUUAGAACCUUUCAAGACUUAUUGAAGGAUGAGUAUGAUGAAGAUUUGUUUGACUACUAUGCGACCUCACAACUUGUAUUGGCUUCUUUGGAUGGGACAGCGAAGGAAAUUGGACUUCCAGCUGUAUAUACAUCAAUUGAUCCUUCCCCCGACCAGAAGUACCUUUUAGCUAGUUCUAUUCACAGGCCAUACUCUUUUAUUGUACCUUGUGGAAGAUUUCCCAAAAAGGUAGAAGUAUGGACAACUGAUGGGAAGUUUGUGAGGGAACUCUGUGAUUUGCCUCUAGCUGAGGACAUUCCCAUUGCAUUCAAUAGCGUGCGCAAAGGGAUGCGCUCUAUCAAUUGGAGGGCAGACAAGCCUUCAACACUCUACUGGGCAGAGACACAAGAUGGGGGUGAUGCAAAAGUUGAAGUUUCUCCAAGAGAUAUAGUUUAUACACAGCCAGCUGACCCGUUGGAAGGUGAACAGCCAGAAAUCUUGCACAAACUUGAUCUUCGCUAUGGGGGGAUUUCUUGGUGUGAUGAUUCACUAGCCCUAGUUUAUGAAUCAUGGUACAAGACAAGGCGAACAAGAACCUGGGUGAUAUCUCCUGGUUCCAAAGAUGUGAGUCCAAGGAUACUAUUUGAUCGGUCAUCAGAAGAUGUGUACUCCGAUCCUGGCUCACCCAUGUUGAGGAGGACUUCUGCUGGAACUUAUGUGAUUGCAAAGAUAAAGAAGGAAAAUGACGAACGCACUUAUGUUUUACUGAAUGGAAGUGGUGCUACGCCUGAAGGGAACAUCCCUUUCCUUGAUCUGUUUGACAUAAAUACAGGCAGCAAAGAACGUAUCUGGGAGAGUGACAAGGAAAGGUAUUAUGAAACUGUUGUUGCUCUUAUGUCGGAUUAUGAAGAAGGAGAUUUACUCCUUGAUCGGCUGAAAAUAUUGACCUCUAAGGAGUCAAAGACAGAAAAUACGCAGUAUUCCAUCCAGAAAUGGCCAGAUAAGAAAGUAUGUCAGGUUACAAAUUUUCCACACCCAUACCCACAGUUGGCAUCAUUGCAGAAAGAGAUGAUCAAGUACCAGAGAAAAGAUGGGGUUCAGCUCACUGCAACAUUGUACCUGCCACCAGGCUAUGAUCCGUCAAAAGAUGGCCCUCUUCCAUGUCUGGUCUGGUCUUACCCUGGAGAAUUUAAAAGUAAAGAUGCUGCAGGACAAGUUCGUGGUUCUCCUAAUGAAUUCGCUGGCAUAGGUCCAACAUCAGCUCUUCUUUGGUUGGCUAGGAGGUUUGCUAUUUUAUCUGGACCAACAAUCCCUAUUAUUGGAGAGGGUGAUGAGGAGGCAAAUGACAGAUAUGUGGAGCAACUGGUUGCAAGUGCAGAGGCGGCUGUUGAGGAAGUUAUCCGGCGUGGAGUUGCUCAUCCCAGCAAAAUUGCUGUUGGAGGACAUUCCUAUGGUGCAUUCAUGACCGCAAACCUCCUGGCACAUGCCCCCCAUCUUUUCUGUUGUGGAGUUGCUCGCUCUGGAGCUUACAACAGAACACUUACACCUUUUGGUUUUCAGAACGAGGACAGAACUCUUUGGGAGGCCACUGCUAUCUAUGUUGAAAUGAGUCCUUUCAUGUCAGCAAAUAAAAUUAAAAAGCCAAUACUGCUUAUCCAUGGAGAAGAAGACAAUAAUUCAGGAACGCUAACCAUGCAGUCAGAUCGUUUCUUUAAUGCCCUGAAAGGUCAUGGCGCCCUUUGCCGCCUGGUCAUUCUACCCUUUGAGAGCCAUGGGUAUGCUGCACGAGAGAGCAUCAUGCAUGUUCUGUGGGAAACUGAUAGAUGGCUUCAGAAACAUUGUGUGCUAAACUCUUCUGAUGCAAGUGCAGAACUUGAUGCCUGUAAGGACAAUGUGAGCAAAGGAGUUACAGACUCUGAUAACCAAGCAGUUGUUGCCAGUGGAGGAGGUGGGCCAGAGCUGGCAGACUCUGAGCAUGACGGGUUCUACUCGUUGCCAAGUCGCCACCCAGAUCAGUGUGAUAAUGGUGCUCCAUCCAUUGCAUGGUUUCAUGCCCGUUGA